CGCUACAAAUCCGAUACAGCUUGCUACGCGUCCAGAUACAUCCCCCCAUCUCCCUUCUUCUUCUUUUUCGUCAAACCCACGCUAUUCCCUCAAUCGCAAUCUUUCAUCGUCUUCAUCAUCUUCAUCAUAUAACGCUUCAAUUGUUCUCCAAAAGGUACGCAAACAUCCUUUUCAAGUCAUCCAAAAUUAGGGCUUCCUCUAUUAAUGGAAACCAAAACCACCGCUCACUUUCUUCAUUCCACCACCCAAUUCUCCGCCCUUAAUUCUUACUUUUGUUCUUGUUAGGUAAACAAACUUUAUUUCCUCAAAAUUAUAUGGAUUUCACCCUAGGGUUUACACCUCACAAUCCACCACCAAACGACACCGUUUCCUUCCAGAUCGAUUCCACCUUCCGAACCUCAUCCCCUCACGUUGUUUCCAGUAUUCCUCUUCAACUAAUGGAACAACAAACUUUAACUGAUAUGGAUUUGAACCAGAAACACCAAACUGUAAGCAUGGAUUUGAACCAAGAGAGUAAAAUUGGGGAAGACGACGAGGAGUUUCGAAUAUUAGGUCACUCCAUGUGUUUGAAAAGGCGUAGGGAUAGCAGCAUCGAUUCCGCUUCGUCCCACACGCUGUCCAAGCGUAGACAGGCUGUUCAGGCGUGGGGUAACCAGUGUCUGCAGGGUGCUGAUCCGGAUAUAUUCGAGAUUUUGGAGAAAGAGAAGGAGAGACAAUACAAGGGGAUUGAAUUGAUAGCGUCCGAGAAUUUCGUUUGUAAAGCGGUUUUGGAAGCGUUGGGUAGUCAUGUGGCGAAUAAGUAUUCGGAGGGUAUGCCCGGUGCUAGGUACUAUGCUGGGAAUCAGUAUAUCGAUGAGAUUGAAACUCUUUGUCGUGAACGGGCUUUGGAUGCUUUUGGUCUUGAUUCGGAGAGUUGGGGAGUGAAUGUUCAGCCGUAUUCGUGUACGUCUGCGAAUUUUGCUGUUUAUACUGGUUUGUUGCUGCCGGGUGAUCGGAUUAUGGGGUUGGAUACUCCGUCUGGAGGGAACACGAGUCACGGGUAUUAUACGCCUAAUGGGAUGAAAGUUUCCGGGGCAUCCAUUUUCUUUGAGAGUUUGUCGUAUAAAGUUAACCCGAAGACGGGUAUUAUUGAUUUUGAGAAGCUUGAGGAAAGGGCUGUUGAUUAUCGGCCGAAGAUACUUAUUUGUGGUGGGAGUUCGUAUCCCAGGGAAUGGGACUAUUCGAAGUUUAGGCAGAUUGCUGACAAGUGUGGUGCAGUGUUGAUGUGUGACAUGGCUCAAAUUAGUGGUCUUAUAGCUGCGAAGGAAUGUGCAAGCCCCUUUGAAUUUUGUGACAUCGUCACCUCAACUACUCAUAAAAGUCUCCGUGGCCCUCGAGGUGGUUUAAUUUUCUACAGAAAGGGUCCCAAAUCUAAGAAGUCUGGAAUUCCUUCGAAUCAAGGCGAUCUAAACGACAAAUACGACUUUGAGGAGAAGAUAAACUUUGCUGUGUGUUCCGCACUCCAAGGUGGGCCACACAAUAACCACAUUGCUGCUCUUGCGAUUGCACUGAAACAGUUGGCUACUCCAGAAUACCAGGAAUAUAUGCAGCAGGUGAAGAAAAAUGCCCAGGCAUUGGCAUCUGCUUUGUUGAGAAGAAAUUGCAGGUUGGUCACAGGCGGGACCGAUAAUCAUUUGUUGCUUUGGGAUCUUAGGAAUCUUGGGUUGACCGGUAAAAAUUUGGAGAAAGUAUGUGAGAUGUGUCAUAUUACUGUCAAUAAAAUUUUCGUAUUUGAUGAUAAUGGAACUCUCGUCCCCGGAGGAGUGAGAAUCGGUACUCCUGCAAUGACGUCACGUGGUUGCCUGGAGUCUGAUUUUGAAACAAUGGCGGACUUUCUGUUUCGAGCAGCUCAAAUAACAAGUUCAGUGCAGAGGGAACAUGGAAAAAUGGUUAAAUCUUUCUUGAAAGGUGUUGAAAACAACAAAGAUAUCAUUGAACUCAGGACUCAAGUUGAAAACUUUGCAACUCAGUUUUCAAUGCCGGGCCAAGAUUUGCAGUAAAUACCCUUUAUGCGCCUCAAAUCUCGUCUGCGAGCCCAAACCCAAACCGUUUUUGGUGUAUUUUUUUUGACUUAUUAAAGAAGACUUGUUGGUAUGUUCGACGCAAGACGCCUUUGUCUAAAUCAGACUGUUUCGGGCUCUUGGCCGUUCUACUAUUGCCAUAUCUUACAUGGAACAAAGUAUAGUAUUUUUUUUUUUUUUUUUUUGGGAUUUUGAUCAAAUGGAUUGUCAUGGUAGGACUCAUUCUUCGAGUAUAGUUUUGUGGUAAACUCAAGAUCUGGUUUUUGGCCUAUACAAUAGAAUGUAGGACAGUUUUCUAUGUGUGUUCA